AUGAAUGCAAUAAAAUUCUAGAAUUUUAGAUAAUAAUUGCCAAUACUCAUUUAAAAAUGUGAAGAAAUUAAUGAAAUAUUUGGAUUUUCAUUAAGUGAAACACUUAUACUAUUGCAUUAUUUUAAAUGGAAUGAUUAUGCAUUAAAUGAUGUCUUAGCAAGUUCAGAAGAUUAUGAUGCUAUAUUAAUAAAAAGUGGUGCUAAAUCUGAUAAACAAUAUAAAGCUGAUAAAAUUUGCCCUAUUUGUAUUAAUGAUCAACCCUAAAUAACUUUAAGUUGUGGUCAUUCAGCCUGUAAGCCUUGUUUUGAAUUAUACUUAUAAGAAAAACUAAAAACAACAUCUUUUGUUAAUUGCUUUUAUUUAGGUUGUGCUUUGAAAAUUCCUUAUUCUUUUUAUUAAGAUAAUAAAGAAUAUAAAUAACAAUAUUUAUUAAGACUAGGUAAAGAUUAUAGAACUACUGUUAAAUGCUGCAAUAAUGAAGAGUGUGAAUAUUAUAUUCAAGACUUCCCAUUAGAUGAUAUUGUACAAUGUUUAUGUGGUACUAUAUUUUGUUUGAAAUGUGCUUAAGGAGAUCAUCGGCUUUUAAGUUGUCAAUAAUGUGUUGAAUGGAUUAAACUUUAUGAAGGCUCAACAAAUAUUUUAGGUUUCUUAAAUCAAGGUAAGUUUUGCCCAAAAUGCAAUUAGUUUAUUGAAAAGAAUUUUGGAUGUAAUCAUAUGACAUGCAAAAAACCUUUAGGAUGUGGAUAUGAUUUCUGUUGGAUAUGUCUAGAGGCUUGGUCUACUCAUUCUUUAAAAACUGGGGGCUAUUAUAAUUGCAAUAAAUAUAAUGAAUAAUAAAUUUCAGAAAAAAAUACAUUAAAACCUUAUUAAUCUAAUAAUAAAAAAUUAAUUUUCUAUGCUGUCAGAUAUGUUGGGCAUGAAAAAGGAUAAAUGGUAGCAAUAAAAAAAUAAAAAAAAUUUUAUUCCUAUGUUUAAAAAAGUUAACUGGAUGAUUCUUAUAAAAAAUUACUAAAAGAUUGCUAUCAAUAUAUUAUUUAAGCCAGAAUUUCAUUAAAAUGGACCUAUGUAUAUGCAUAUUUCUAACAAUAACCUAAGCCUUUGUUUGAAUUUGGACAAGCUGAUUUUGAGAGAUACUGUGAAAAACUACAUGAAAUUUUGGAACUUACCAUCUAUCCUAAUAUAAAAAUUAAAAAACCUAUAAAUGAAUACUAUCAAAAGUUAACAAAUUAUUUUAAUUUAGCAAAGCAGGUAAUUAAAAAAUUAUAUUAUUUAGUUUUAAAAUAAAUUUCUCUCAGAGAUGGCUUCAAAAAAAUGA